AUGUUAUUAGCCCCUCUAACUUUGGUUUUUGUUGGAACUGUAUGCGGUCUACAAAUACUCAGCAAAGAAGCAUUAGCAGAAAGAAACGAUCAACUGGAACCUUUAAUCGCUAAAAGAAAAUCAGCAUACAUGCGCUUUGGCCGUUCUGGUAGCUCAAAUGAACCAGAAUUAAACAGCAUGGAGAAACGAAAGAGUGCUUAUAUGAGAUUCGGCAAAAGAGAAGAUGAUUCAAACGAUUUUGAUGAGUUUCAAGAUCUUAAAAAACGAAAAAGUGCUUAUAUGAGAUUUGGUAAGCGUUAUGCGGAAUCACAUGAAACAAAUAAACGAAAAUCAGCAUAUAUGCGAUUUGGAAAACGAGAAAACAUUGUCGACAUGACGGAAGAUUAUGCUCCUGAAUCUGAUAUCAUGAAAAGAAAAUCUGCUUACAUGCGGUAA